AUGAACGCCUUGGGGACGAUCUUUGUCGUUUCGGCGACAAUCCUUUCGGCCGCGAGGCUGGCCCGAUGCCAGGCCGACCGGGUGGACGACAAGUUCUUGGAUCCCAACGAUUAUUUUCUGGCCGGUGGAGAUCUACAAGACCGACGUCGCAUCCUGCAGGACGCGUUCAACAGGUACUCUGUGCAGCAGCAACAACAGGUGGAUCAGCAACCACGGACCGGUUUCGACGGGAUAUUCCAACAGCAACAGCGACAACAGCAGCAGCAGCAGCAGCAACAGCAGCAGCAGCAGCAAGGGUUCCAGCGGAGUGGCCGGAAGUUCACUACCGAUGAACCAGAACAGAAUUUCGAGACUUCCGGUAGGUUCACGUCCCGGACCGAUCCGCGGGUGUCACCUCUACCGACACCCCCGAUUCAACAGGGACCUCUGACACUGUCCAACAGCAACAUCCGGCAAUUGCUGCAACAGCUCGACGUGGCCGGAUCGCAACAGUGCAACCUCAACGUGCAGGCGCAAUGGGAUUUCGAGACAAACGUCAACGAGGGAACUCAAAUAAGAGCGUUGGAGCAACAAUUGUUGUAUUCAGAAUUCCAACGAAAAGUAUUUUCGAUAAUGACAAGAUUGAAUCUGGACAAUGUCAUCGAUCCCAACCUAAGAAGGCAGCUCAAGUUUUUGUCAAUGCCAGGACCUGCUGCACUACCACAAGAACAACUGAGUCGAUACAACCGGCUCAUAAACGACAUGUUAGCUGUUUAUAAUAGCGCUUCUGUUUGCGCUUUCGACGAACCGUUGAAAUGUGGUCUCAGGUUAGACCCAGAUUUGAAUAUGAUUAGGUCUCGGAGUCGAGAUUGGAACGAACUACAGCACACUUGGAUAGAAUGGAGAAGGAGAACAGGACAAAAAGUCAGAGACAUGUUUGAACAGCUAGUAGAUGUUAGCAAUCAAGCAGCUUUGUUAAACAAUGUAUCGGAUGCGUCUGAAAUGUGGAAAUUUCCCUACGAAUCACCCUCGAUGAGGUUUGAAUUGGAAGACGCUUGGGAACAAAUAAAACCUCUAUACGAACAACUCCAUGCCUACGUCAGAAAGAAGUUACGCGAUCUCUAUGGGCCCGAGAGAAUAAGUCGAGACGCACCAUUGCCCGCACAUGUCAUUAGGUUGUAA